AUGAAAGUGGAAUCUGCCGAUGGUUCUCAUGGCGAGUCGUUCUCCCUUGUGCUCCAAGGUCCCAGGAGGGCUCGGGCAACGUUGGAAAUCCAAGUUGUGGAUGUAAACGAUAAUCCACCUCAGUUCACAAAUCCACCUUCUGUGCUUACAAUUCCUGAGAGUUCUCCCGUUGGCUCGGCUAUCACAAAAUUAACAACUAGAGAUGUGGAUACAGGAAUAUCCGGAAUGGCAAGGUUUUCUGUGGAUAACGACUUUUUUACAGUGGACAAGGCCAAAUGCUUUAACAAAGAGUGCCAUACGAUUCUACGACUAGCAAAAGCAUUAGAUUUUGAACGCCAACGACUGCAUCACAUCGUCGUAAAAGCCGAAGAUGGUAAUCCCCAUGUGAACCGAACUAAUGUAAUUACCCAUGCACUCACAGUUCGAGUUGGCGACGAGAAUGAUGAACCCCCAGUAUUCGUCACCGAUCUUUCUCGAACGAUUCAACUUCCACCCCGAGCUGACGUUGGCGAUGAAGUUCUUGUGUUGAAGGCUGUUGAUGGAGAUGACACCUUUGUCAAUGAAACGAAGAUGCGGUAA